GUCUCGUUGCAAGCCACCGCGAUGCUGCAUCCCAACUUCACACCCGAUUUCAUUCUGGCUAGGCAUUGUACUCCUUCGGCAGCUCUUCUCUACGUGCUAUUCACAAACGCCUGCGUCGACCCGCCCCGACAUCACCGUUCUUCUCUGGCCGGCAUGUCGGAUCUUUAUGGUCGUGAUGACGUUGCUGGUCCAUUGGAAUUUCAGCGCCAAGUGGUCGCUCUGCCUAGCGUUCCAGGAGCAUCGGACAUGCCGCCCGUCGGCUCCAACCCGGUGCCUCCGGCUGAGCAUGACACAUCCAGCGAAUCAGAGGCUGAGGAUACACGGUCGGCUUCCCCGAUUCCAUUGCCUCCGCCCACUCAGGAGUUGCCUGAGUCUGUUACGGAAGCAUUGUCCAUGACAAUGGAGCCUAUUCCUCAGGAUGCUUCAUCUUCCUCUGGCGUGGCUGAGGAGUGGACGGAUGUCAAGGGUCACGCCGACGAAUUCUUCUUUCUUCUGAAUGGUGUCAAGGUGCCGCACCUCAAGCUUUCAUUGCGUGCAGGUCCCUAUGACGUCGCCUUGGAUCCAUUGUUUUCUGCUGCCGUCAUGGACAGUUCCUCCAGCUAUGACAGCGAGUCGGCCAGUACAUCCUUCUCAUCGGAGAUUGAGCUGUUCCUGGAGGCUCCCGCCGCAGAUUGGCAACCUGUCCUCCGCAUUCGUCCGAGGCAUUUUCAUGCUCCUCGGCUUGAUUACAUUCUCUGGUUCAGUACGCGCACAGAAAGAGCUAUUCUCAUGCGGGAGGAGAUCACCAUUUGGGAGGCUGCAUGGGGCAGCAUUGCCUUUAACCAUCGUGUACUGCUUUUCUCUAAUCAGCAGAUUUGGCUUGCAGUUGCACUGGGCAAUUGUGAGCUGCACCGCUGUGUGGCCACAGCUUUGUACUUAUUGAAGCCUGCUGCAUUGGCGCACAAAGUGUUGCUUGUCGGCUAUCUUUUGCACCACCUGCCUCUUGCUUUCAGACCGGAGGGGCACGCUGCACUCCAGGUGUUGCGGGCUGGCUGCAUUGCAAUACCCGUGCCGCAGCCCUUUUUUGCUUUUACGCCCGUGCAGGUCACUCUUGCCCUCGCUUGGUCCAUCUCAAGCAUCAUGGCGGCUCCCCCUCGUCACGAUGACCCGGCUUAUUUUCAGAAGAGAUGCGAGGACAUGUUUCUUCCUGCAGGUUUGUUGGAUACAUUGGUCGACAAAGGCUUCAACUCCAUGGCGCUGCUUGCCUUUGCCGUGCCCGACUCCGACUCUCUUGAGCACUUCAUCGUGUCCAUUGUGGGUCGCCCUCUUGGGUCUGAUCCAUCGGCGCCUCUGCUCACGGCAGAUGCUGCGGCUCUUCGGCGAUUAUACCACCUCUGCAAAACCGAGUGUGCCGGGAUUGGCCCCUCCACUCCCGCCUCCAUUGUGCCAAAUGCCUCCGGCAAGAAAUCGCUGUCCAAGGAGGAGAUAGCGGAGUUGAUGCAAAAAUUCAUGAAGGCCUAUCCAUCAGAACUUGUUCGGGCGGAUAUUAUGCCUUCAUCUCCUUUUCUUAUGGUUGUGCGCGAGCGUUUGGAUGCUGGGCGGUUCUCCUGGAUCCCCUGGAGGCUGCGUUCCUCUGCAUCAGAUGAGGAGCAAAUCCUUGAGCGUCGUCGGCCUCGGACAGACGCAAAAUUGCUGACUCGCCUCCUGCAAGAGGGUCAGCCUGAGGAAGAGUGCAUUGCGUCGAUCCCACAGUCCGGCCCAGUGGAGCCAAUUGUGCGCCGUUUCUGGGACCUCCUUAUGUACGCCAUUGCCCUGAAUGAUGGGGCUCAUCUUCUGCAUCUCAGGAAAGCCGCGCUGAGAAGUUCCUCAGCCACGCCCUCGGAUCGCAACAUGCGCCCUCCGUCACUCCAGGAGAUCGUUGAGGCGGACCGUGCUCUCUGGAUAGGGGUCGCAUCCAUUCAAGCGGACCAGGGCUGGUCACUUACUGACGCUUUGGCGGAGAUGAUUUUUGCUCGUCCGGAUGUCUACAGUGCCUUGGCCCCGAGGUUGAAGCCCCAUACUCCACCUGCACCUCCUGCUGCAUCGGGGGCCAACAAGCGCAAACAGCCUGCCUUGCCGCCUCCCCCACCACAUAAGCAGGCCCGUCCUGCUAAGGCCAAGGCUAAGGCUACAUCUAAGAAGGACGCUGCUCCCAAAUUCUCCCUCAAGUCUUGGCCGGAUUCCUGGGCUCGCACUGUUGAGGGUAAGGGACCUUGCAUCCGUUUCCACACAGACAAGUGUCGCAAUAAGUCUUGUCGCUUUUCCCACCUCUGCCCGAUCCUCAUGGGCAACAACACACCGUGUGGCAAGCCGCAUCGUGCAGCGGACCAUGCAUCGGCUCCGCAUUGA